UUUCCUGCUGAAUUUUCGUCGUGAAGAGACGUAAGAUGGCUACCUCUUCGCACCUAAAUUGGUUGAUCAUUCGCAAUAAUAACGCUUUCUUGCUUAAGAAGCGUGAUGUGAAGAAACCCUUCAGCACAGAGCCCAGCAACUUGACCAAUGUCAGCUCGUACCGAUACAGCGGCAUUGUGCACAAGAAAACUGUCGGUGUUGUGCCCGCUGCCGAUAAGAAAGGCUUCACAGUUGUCCUGAAGAAGGGCAAAUAUGUCCAGCGUCCUGCUAAAAAUACCGUGCGCGUUAACUUCAAGGCUGGACCCAGACGCUCUCUGAAGAAGUUGAAAAACUUGUUGACCGGCUCCAAGUACCGCAAGGACCUGACACAGGCUGCCCUCCGCCGUGCGUCAGCUGUUCUACGUUCCCAGAAGCCCACCCAAGUUAAGGCCAAGAAGCCCGAAUAAAUGCAACGUAGGGAUAUGUGGAACCGUUUUCUAUUAAAAGAAUAAAGAAAAACCUAAAAUCGAA